AUGCCCAUCACCCAGGACAAUGCCGUGCUCCACCUGCCCCUCCUCUGCCAGUGGCUGCAGAACAGCCUCCGGGAGGGUGGGGACGGGCCGGAGCAGCGGCUCUGCCAGGCGGCCAUCCAGAAGCUACAGGAGUACAUCCAGCUGAACUUCGCGGUGGAUGAGAGUACGCUCCCGCCCGACCGCAGCCCCCCUGCCAUGGAGAUCUGCACUGUGUACCUCACCAAGGAGCUGGGGGACACAGAGACCGUGGGCCUGAGUUUUGGUAACAUCCCUGUUUUCGGGGACUAUGGAGAGAAGCGCAGAGGCGGCAAGAAGAGAAAGCCGCACCAGGGUCCCGUGCUGGACGUGGGCUGCAUCUGGGUGACGGAGCUGAGGAAGAACAGCCCAGCGGGCAAGAGCGGCAAGGUGCGCCUGCGGGACGAGAUCCUCUCCCUGAACGGGCAGCUGAUGGUCGGGGUCGACGUGGGUGGAGCCAGUUACCUGGCUGAGCAGUGCUGGAAUGGCGGCUUCAUCUACCUGAUCAUGCUGCGGCGCUUCAAGCACAAAGCCCACCCUACUUACAAUGGCGCCAGUAGCAACAGCUCUGAACCGGGAGACACACCUACCUUGGAACUGGGUGACCGAACAGCAAAAAAGGGAAAAAGAACAAGAAAGUUUGGGGUGAUUUCUAGGCCGCCCACCAGCAAGACCCCUGAAGAAUCCAAGAGCGGUGUUGGCUGUGAGUCCACCAAUAACCCUAGCUCGGAGAUAGAGAAUGGCCCGGACCCUGCACUUGGAAAUGGUCAUGCCUUUGAGCUAGAAAAUGGGCCAGACUCUCUCAAGGAGGUGGCUGGACCCCAUCUAGAGAGGUCAGAAGUGGACAGAGGGACAGAGAAUAGAAUUCCUCUGGCCCCGGGCAAUGACAAACGGCGUUUCUCUAAAGCUGGGAAGACAGACUGCCAAUCGAAUGACUGCCUGGCACGGGAGGAAGUUGGCCGGAUAUGGAAGAUGGAGCUGCUCAAAGACUCCGACGGGCUGGGAAUUCAGGUUAGUGGAGGCCGAGGAUCAAAGCGCUCACCUCACGCUAUCGUUGUCACCCAAGUGAAGGAAGGAGGUGCCGCUCACAGGGAUGGCAGACUGUCCUUAGGAGAUGAGCUGCUGGUGAUCAAUGGUCACCUCCUGAUUGGGCUGUCCCACGAGGAAGCCGUGGCCAUUCUGCGCUCGGCCACCGGAAAGGUGCAGCUGGUGGUGGCCAGCAAGGAGAACUCUGCAGAGGAGCUCCUCAGGCUGACAUCCAAGAGCCUGCCUGAUCUAACCAGCUCGGUAGAGGACGUAUCUUCUUGGACUGACAAUGAAGAGCAAGAACCUGAUGGGGAAGAGGAUGAAGGAGCCAGAUCAUCUUCCAUUCAGGCAGCAAUGCCUGGAACAGAGGAGGCCCAAGACCCAUGCGGCCCGGAGGGCUCCAAGAGCAACUCGGAAAGCCCCAAGCAGGGUGGUGGUAAGACAAAACCCAAGAGCCGCCUCUCAGGAGGCGUACACCGCCUAGAGUCAGUGGAAGAAUAUAAUGAACUGAUGCUGCGGACCGGGGACCCCCGGGCCAGGAUGCUGGAGGUGUCCCGAGAUGGCCGGAAGCACUCCCUCCCCCAGCUGCUUGACUCCUCCAGUGCAUCACAGGAAUACCACAUCGUGAAGAAGUCUACUCGUUCCUUAAGCACCACUCAAGUGGAGUCCCCUUGGCGGCUCAUUCGGCCAUCCGUUAUCUCCAUCAUUGGGCUGUACAAACAGAAGGGCAAGGGCCUCGGCUUCAGCAUUGCUGGCGGUCGUGACUGCAUUCGAGGACAGAUGGGGAUUUUUGUCAAGACAAUUUUCCCUAAUGGAUCAGCUGCAGAGGAUGGAAGACUCAAAGAAGGGGAUGAAAUCCUAGAUGUAAAUGGGAUUCCCAUCAAGGGCUUGACCUUCCAAGAAGCCAUUCAUACCUUUAAGCAAAUCCGGAGUGGCUUAUUUGUCCUAACGGUGCGUACCAAGUUGCUGAGUCCCAGCCUCACGCCCUGCUCGACACCCACACACAUGAGCAGGUCCAGCUCUCCCAGCUUCAACAGCAGCAUAGGCGCCGUGGUGGGAGGCCCCGAGGACAGCAGCUCUUGCUCUGUGGGGCGCAAGGUCCCUGGCCCCAAGGACAGGAUCGUCAUGGAAGUGACCCUCCACAAAGAGCCACGCGUUGGACUUGGCAUUGGUGCCUGCUGCUUGGCGCUGGAAAACAGUCCUCCCGGCAUCUACAUCCACAGCCUCGCACCCGGAUCCGUGGCCAAGAUGGAGAGCAACCUGAGCCGUGGAGAUCAGAUCCUAGAAGUGAACUCGGUCAACGUGCGCCAUGCUGCUCUAAGCAAAGUACACUCCAUCUUGAGCAAAUGCCCCCCGGGCCCUGUCCGCCUUGUCAUCGGCCGGCACCCGAAUCCAAAGGUUUCUGAGCAGGAAAUGGAUGAAGUGAUAGCACGCAGCACUUACCAGGAGAGCAAAGAGGCCAGUUCAUCUCCUGGCUUAGGUACACCCUUGAAGAGUCCCUCUCUUGCCAAGAAGGAUGCCUUGCUGGCCGAGUCUGAGCUGUCUCAGUACUUCACCCACGAGACUCCAGGCCCACUGGCUGACUUCAUGGUGACUGGCUCAGAGGACAAGGAUCACUCCGGAAGUGGCUGCAGCACCGCCGAGGACAGCAGCCUAACCCCUGGCACCCCCACUCACAGGGAGCCAGGGAAAGCGAGGGCCAACAGCCUCGUGGCUCUCGGCAGCCAGCGGGUCUCUGGGCUCUUCCACAAGCAGGUGACAAUCGCCAGGCAAGCCAGCCUGCCCGGGAGCCCUCAGGACCUGCGGAGCCCUCUGCUGCGCCAGAGGCGACUGGGCUGCUACGACACCAGUGACGAGGAGUGCAACGGGGAAGGCGACUGCGUCUCCCUCCCCGGGGCCCUGCUAGGGGCCAGUAGGCCCCUGUCGGAAAGCCACUCCAGGCACGUCCUGACGACUUCAUCCAAGUCCCAGGAUGUCGCCAGGCAAGAGAAACAGCCCCAGAAAACGCUGGUGAGCAAGGCCUCCUCGGUGCCUCUCCUUGGCAGGUCCAUGGACUCGGAAGAGAACAUCCCUGGAGGUGCAGUGGCCACUCCUUUCCUCGCAGCCAGCCUGCUGGGACCGGAAGAGGCCGCCAAGGGUGGCCCCAGAGACUUGGGGAAGAAGGAGCUGUCUGAAUCGAGUUUGCCCAAGUUGGAGUACAAGGUCUGCGAAGGUGCACAAAGUCGGAUGAGCGCGGAGAGCCCCAUCUCCUCACAGCAGAAGAGCAAAAACCUGGGAUUCAGGCACAAACCAGUAGCCAGGGUGAGUCCGCACUGCAAGAAACCCAAAGCUGAGACCAGGUCCGGGGGCUCGGAGACCAUGACCGCGACUGACAGAGCAGAUGAACCAUGCAAUCCAGACUUCCACGCCUGGGCCACUGCCGUCAAAGUGACCGUCCCUGAUCUUCAGCCAAGUGCACCUGCCGGGAAGGAACCUUUGGGACAGCUGACCCUCAAGGAUGGACAUAUCCCCACCGCCUGUGAGCCAGCUAGUGCCCCAUCCCUCCUGGACCCUGGCCACCCCCCAGAGCACCUGCCCAGAGCCGCACCAGAGCCAGGGCCCUGGCCCGUGACAGGACCUGAGCAGUCACCAGACCUCACCCCUGUCCCCAGGGAGGCCUCUGUAGCCACGGAGCAAGUCAGCCAGCCUGUCUUGCCCGGGAGCUCUGAGCCCGGGUCCUCGGGCAGAGCUGCAGCAAGACUCACCCUGGAGCGUGCCGUGACCCUGGGAGACACGGCAACAGCUCUCCCUGACGCCAGCAAAACUGCAGCUGCUCCAGGAACCAUGGGAGCUGCCUUGCCCCCCAGCGCCGGAGACAGGCUGUCCCCAGACCUGGUGACACCACCAGGUAACCACAGCAAGACGACGCUGGGAGCCACAGAAUGGCAGGCCCCAGAAGGCUCCCAGGAGGCCGCCAGGCUCCAAGACACAGACUCACUGUCCAUGAGGAUAUGCCAGGCCAGCCCGUGCCUGCCACCACUGCCCCCCAAUACGGCCAAAGACCCUGAAGUGUUGGAGAGCAGAGAGAGCCUCAUGACGGAUAUUGACAGAUCCAAAGCACCGUCACAUUCCUCUCGGACAGGGGAGCCUCAGGGCCUCCAGCCAGCAGGAGCCAGUGCCCAGCACAGCUCUGAGCCGUGCCCCCGGAGGGCCUGGGCUCCCGGGCCAGCCCCUUCCCCGCAGGGAGCUCCCCAGCCCUCGGUCCUGGAUGCCAUCAACCCUGACAAGCAUUUUACUGUGAACAAGAGCUUCUUGAGCAACUACUCGAGAAACUUGAGCAGUUUCCAUGACGAUAGCCUCUCCCUGUCAGGCCUGGGUGACAGCACAGAGCCAUCUCUGUCCUCCAUGUAUGGGGAUGCUGAAGAUUCUUCCUCCGACCCCGAGUCGCUCCCCGAGGCCCCACGGGUGGCUAGUGAGGACAGCUGGCCACCACCUCCUUCUCCUCCUUCUCCUCCUUGGCCUCUUCACCAGGAAGAAGCUGAGGAGUCUGAAGAAGAACAAAUUGAAAUCUGUUCUGCCAGUGGUGCCCUCACAGCACCUACCUCUGCAGCCACACCCUGCCCCACUGUGGCCCGAGUUCUGCCCCUGCAGCCCAGCGUUCUGAGCACGUUGCUGGAAAGCCCACGGGGGAGAGGUUCGCACCCACAAGGUCCCAGCUCUUCCCGGCCCAGUCCCCUCACGGGCGUGAACUCACAGUCACCCAGAGGUGUCACAGAUGUAAACACUGCACAUGGAUCUCCAGAAGUCAGCAGCACAAGCUCGGCCGUGGUGCACGGGCAUCUGUGCGACCUCCCCGUCAAGCCCAGUCCCACCAACGUGAAUGGUCUGGAACGUGACCUGCCAGGUGACGGGACCCCAGACAGAUCAGAACCAAAUGUUGGUGGGCCUGAACCUGCCCCUACGGGUGUGGCCAUGCCUGAGCAGGGAAGCUCCACCUCUGCAAACAGACAUGGACCCGACCUGGCUGGUGACUUCCUGCAGAGAACCAAGCUGACCUGCAGGAAGCCCAUCGUGGCCUGGCUGAAAGACAUCAAUCACAACUACCAAGGUAUGCACUUACAGAGCAAGAUCAACCAGGAGCCAGCCAGAAGCCCCGAGGCCAAAACUCCAAGUUUCAACCACAGAAAGGGGGCUGCGGUGCCUCCCAGCCCUCCUCCGCCAAAAGCAAACCCGGACAGUAAAGAGCCUUCUAGAAGAGGCUCGGUGGAGAUGCUCUUGAACACCUGUCCGAAGCCCAGGUACACACAAAAGCUGAAGAGGUUGGGUGGCAAGAGCAAGGGCAAGGCGGGCCUCGAGGGUGUCGCCACCAGCCCAGCCAAGGAUCACACGAGAGCCCUGGUUUCACCCCACGCAUCCCACAAGGUGCUUUCCAGAGGAUUCAGCCAGCGGCUCCACGCAGCUGACCACCAGGAGCCUGAGCGAAGAGCCACGGCCGUCCCCAAACCUGUGCCAGCUGCCGCUGGGCCCCUGAAGCUCUCCGCAUCGGACACAAGCCUCCGAACCUUCGCCUCACCACCCCUGACCUCCUCCAAGACUCUCUCUGAGCAGGGCAUGUGUGGUCACUUUCACACGCCCACCCACUCGGACCCCAACAGAGGCUUCCCAGCUGCCCCCAGGUCUCCCAGGUGUGCCUCAGAGGGCAAGGUGCCCCAAGCUGACACCAGGCCAGGCGUGUCCACUGCGAGCAUCAACCACAGUCAGCAGCCUGUGUCCAGCCACCUAGACCAGGCCCUGGAAGCCAUGCAGCCCAGCACGGCCAGCCAUCCCCUGGGAAGCCCCAGCCAGCCAGAAACAGUGGAGAUUUCUUCUGGAAGAAUGCCAAAGAACACAUGUAGAGACAAGCCAGCUGCGAGAGACACCCAGGCAGGGCCCCCAGCCCAGAACGACAGCCAGGACAAGAGUGACACCAGACCCUACCAUCAGGUAGGAGACUUACACCCUACCUCUCCCACACCUCACACCUCCCCGGCGGAACAAGAAACACAACGCUCCCUCAAAACGGCCCCAUCAGCCUCCCCACACGUGCCUGUGAAGAUGGCAGGUUCUUCCGCCCAGGGAAGACCAAGUCAUGCAGCAGGCUCCCCAGGGACAUCCAACAGCAGCCCCGCGGGCGAAUGCCAUCCCUACUUCACACCCAGGCCAGCAACCAGAACCUACUCCAUGCCAGCACAGUUCUCCAGCCACUUUGGACGGGAGGGCUUGGCACCCAGCCCAGGUCGCCGUCCUGGGGACAGUCAGAUCCCUGAGCCCAGGGCAGCCGAAGGCAGAGUGUUCAGCCUCGCUAAUGGACAGGGGCUGUGUGGUGUGAAGCCAUCCCUGCAGGAAGCGGCCAGGAGGCCCCUGGCAGCAGACGAAGGGGAUGCCGGGGGAGGCCACGAGACCAGGUAUCAUUUAGUGACAGACAAAAUCAGAGUCACCAGGAGACAACACUACUAUGAACAGAUCUGGCCCCAGGAAUCUACCUCAUUUUUCUCUGUGAAACAGCGAAUCAAGUCCUUUGAGAACCUAGCCAACUCUGACCGGCCCACAAGCAGGACUGGGGCAUCCCCAUUCUUGUCGGUGAGCUCCAAGCCUCCGAUUGGGAGGCGCUCUUCCGGCAGCAUUGCCCAGGGCAGCGUGGGCCACCCUGGAGACACUGCAGCGGUGAGGUCGCUGAGGCGCAGCCUGAGUUCCUGCAGUGAAAGCCAAAGUGAAGCCAGUGCCCUCCUCGCUCAGAUGACCAAGUCCCCGUCCAGCAUGACACUGACCGCCCCCAGGCCAACCCCGCCGGAGCCUGACAGCAAGGAUGCCAACACAGACCCGAAGCAGUCAGCCAGUCCUGCGGGCAUCCCCACCGCCACUGUGACACCAGCCUCACCCAUCAAGAGGCACCAGUCCUCCGUGCGCCACGGUCAGCCCUCACCGGUGUCCCGCUCGAAGCUGCAGGAACUGAGAGCCCUAAGUAUGCCCGAUCUGGACAAGCUGUGUGGCGAGGGAUACACAGCAGGACCCAGCCCUGUGCUCUUCAAAACCCAACUGGAGAUAGUGCCCAGGAGGGUGCCUGGCACCCCCAUUCAAGGCCACUCUGCCUCAGAGGAACCAGCCGCUCUUUCGAAUCCCUCCAAGGGUGAGAACAGGGCCUGUCCAGGAGGAAGCAGCCCUAUAUCCAGGGAGCCUGAGGCACCUGCUUCAGCCAGUGAUACAGAGGAGACUACCCCGGACCCACCUUCAGGAAAAAGCUGGUCGGUUCAUCUGGAUCAACUUCACGUGUCACCUGGCGACCAGGAGAGAGUACAGGCUGUCCUGUCUUCAGUGGGGUCAAAGUCCACUGUCCUCUCUCUUCUUCAGGAGGUGGAAGCACACUCACAGAAUAAAGAAGACAUUUGCUUCAUAGCUUUGAAUAAAGGCGGCGGCUCAGGUUUAGGAUUCAGUGUGGCAGGAGGCACAGGUGUGGAGCCCAACUCAGUCAUGGUUCACAGGGUGUUUUCUCAGGGGGCAGCUGCUCAGGAAGGGACCAUGAGCCGUGGGGACUUCCUGCUGUCAAUCAACGGCACCUCGCUGGCCGGCCUGGCCCAUGGAGAUGUCUUGAAGAUCCUGCACCAGGCACAGCCCCACAGAGACGCCCUGGUGGUCAUCCGGAAAGGGAAUGAACAGCAGCUCAGGCCCUCCAGUAAGCAGGAGCCUCUCACAGCCAAUGGGAAGGCUUUGUCUUCCAACAAGACACUAUCCCUGGAGCCUGGACCAGGGAGAAGCGGAGCUGCACAUGGUGCCCUGUGCGUUGAAGUGCUAAAGACCUCGGCGGGCCUGGGACUGAGUGUGGACGGAGGAAGGGCGUCUGUCUUUGGCGACGGGCCUCUGGUCAUCAAGAGAGUCUACAAAGGUGGUGCAGCUGAACAAGCUGGGAAAAUAGAAGCUGGAGAUGAAAUUCUGGCUAUUAAUGGGAAACCUCUGGUCGGGCUGAUGCACUUCGAUGCCUGGAAUAUUAUGAAGUCUGUCCCGGAAGGACCUGUGCAGCUAGUCAUCAGAAAGCACAGGAAUUCCUCAUGAAGCUGAAUGAGAAAACCCUUCCCUCGCUCUCGAUUAACCAAAUCAGAAAAAUGAGCAACGAACACUGAAGCAAAGAACACUGGCAUACAUGCGAGGGCUAUAAAAAUAUCUACUUACAUGGGAAGUAUGACCUAAAACAAUGAGGUUCAACUCCUCCUGGUCCCCUCUGCCAGGAAGGUCCAUUUUGUUCCAGUGCCUAUUCCCUACCUUUGUCAGUGGGGACAUAUGCAAUGACACGUCCUUUUUCAUCUGAAACACUUAACUAGGCCUUCACAUCUCUUGCCACAUCUGGAGAAAUUUUUAUCUAUCCUAGUGAUUAGGACCCAAUGUCUCAGGGGUAACACAAUGUCCCAACUAAAAGGACCGUGGUUUCAUAUAAUUUUGUAAGUAAAUGACGUAGUGCUUUUUGGCACAUUGAGUGGAAGGAGGAGACAGAGUUCUAUAUAUAUGUUACCCU